CAAAUUAAUAACAAUAAAUAAAUAAAUAAAAUAAAAAUAAUUAUUAUAAUACAAAAGAGAAGACGGGGAAGCAACGCAAAGCACAACCAAUCCAAUCCAAUCCAAUCCAAUCCAAUUCACUCAUCCUCUUCUUCUUCUUCUUCGCCGGUGAGAUUACCUUUCAUGUCGACAUCCCCGUCCGAUGAGGUUUCCAAGAAGCCGGAGAAACCCGCUUCCACCUUCACCCUCACCUGCAACCUCUUGAGCCAGUUCCUCAAAGAUCGAAAGCCUUCAUCCUCCUUCCCCGAUCUCUCCCUCGGGAUCUCCGCCCCAAAUCCCCUCGAUCUCCAUCAUCGUGUUAAGACGAUGAAUUUGCUGCCCGGCGUUGAAGUCGCCGGAGGGGAUGCGGGAAACGAGAAUCACAAGGGAAACGCGAUGGAUUUGAACUUAUUUCCCCAGCGCGCCGGCUUCGCGCCGGCUCCGGCUCUGGCGGAAGGUUCUAGGGAAUUAGAGAAACCUCAGUUGACUAUAUUUUAUGGCGGGAAAGUUAUCGUCUUUGACAACUUUCCGGCGAGCAAAGCCAUGGAUUUACUGAAUCUUGCUGGCAAAACGAGCACGCCUGCUGAGGCUCCGGUGAUCGCCGGUGAGCCAAUUAAAAGCGUCUCUCCUUCAAACAGUACACUUCCGUCGACGCCCGUUGCUCCUCCGGCUGCCGCCGUUCGGCCGCCUUGUUUGAAUCAAGCCAGUGGCACCGAGAUGCCGAUUGCAAGGAGAGCUUCACUCCAUCGUUUUCUUGAGAAGAGAAAGGACCGGGUUAAUGCAAAGGCGCCAUAUGAAGUGAACGGCGGCGGCCGGCCGGCGGCGAAGCCGGAGGAGAGCAAGCAGUGGCUAGGGUUGGGCCCACACGCUUCAAAAUAAAUGCUUUUUUAGAUUAUAGAGUUGUGGUAUUUACUAGCUUUAUCUUUUUUAUGGAGAACUAUUGCUACUACUUAGAAGAUCAUCAGCUUAUCUUUGCUAAUUUGGUCCUUGAAAUUAUAUUUGUAUGUCAAUUAGGUCCUUUACUGUUUUUUUUUGUGGCCCUUUUUUCAGUGAGGUGGUGAGAUGAUGAUCUCUUUUUCACUCACUCUCCUCCCUGUUUGUAUCUCAAUUAAUACAUACAUAGUGUAUAUGGGAAUUGAUGAUCUUUAAAUCCUUUUAAAGGAUUAAUUAUAUAAAUAUUUGUUGUUGAUCAC